UGGCCGUCGGAUCUUGUGCACAGCCGUGAAACAGUCUCUCUUCUUUCUCUAUUUUCGAAAGCUGGUUUUCCUCAGCGCCUUGAAAAAUCAGUCCGAUGGAUAGUUAGAAAUACGUUAUGUCUGGUGGUGGCUCAAAAAACCCUUCCACUCGUCUUUUACCUCCGAUAAAAAAUCCUCUUUUUAAUCCGAAUGAAGAUCCAGAAGAAGUUAGGGUUACAUCCGUGAAUAGUCAUCCAGAACGAUCUCGUCCCGGGAGAAGGUUGGGUGGUUUGGGGAAUCUUUUCAGUUCACGACAUCGAAACUCUGGCUCUCCGAGCAAGGCGCGCGAAGAGAUCGAAGGAUGUCGCGAGGAUGCUAACGAAAACUUGAAAACGCUUUCUCCAAGUAGCAGUAGGCCUGUCUCGAAGGAGUCAGAAAGAUUAAAUAAGGGAAAGACUAUAGCAGUAGAGGCAACAAAAUCGGACACGGGGUCAGGGAAUGUGAAAACGGUGAACUCAAGGGUGCCUAAUUCAUCACGCUUCGCCCGUAACCUCAGCAACCCAACGGAAGCUGUUAACGACACUAACUCCGAUUCUAAUUUGCCACUUGAUAACGAAAAACAUAUACCUGUUUCAUCUUCAAAGCAGAAUUCAAAGUCUGAGAUUACCGAAAAGAGGAGACCUGCACUUCUGCAUAGAGACAAAGAAAAGCGAUUACUGGUGAAUCAACAUUGCAAUGAUGACUGCAAGAUUAAGUCAGCGAAUUCUCGUCAUGAAAGACUUCAUGCAACUUCCUCUUCGGACACUGAAGUGGUCUCUCGUCGUGAGAUCCGUUCACGAAGAGAGGAGAAAAAGCCUGAAAGGAUAAAAUAUCACGAUGCCUUGUCGCUAAGGAAUGACAUGAGGACAGCCUUGGCAACUGGAGACUAUCAAACUCUUCUAGAAUUUUUGACAACAACGUUUGAUUCUUUCUCUGAGAUGAAUGAAGUCUUCAAGCGAAAAGAUGAGUAUAACUCUGAAGAAUUCUCUGAAAGUGGUAUUGAUCACGACUUUGUCAGGAUAGCAUAUGAAAUUGUUCUUACCCUGCCUCAAGAGGUACACAAGAAUGUUCUCAAGUCUGUGGUGAACAGCCUGUUACAAGAAAUCAAAAGGCAAAGAACAAAGGAUGAUCUUAGGGCAUUCACAAUCCUUCUGCAGAAUCCUCAGUUUGACAAGUCAUCAACAUAUGUAAUCUUUGCUUAUCUUCUGCGGCAAGUGUCAUCUCUCACAGAUGGAGAGCAUCAGUACCUUGUUCACUGGUUCAGAAGAUUACCUGUUAAUUCCUUUAAGGCCAUUGUAACAAGGGUAGAGCAGUUUAUCAGUGUUCGUCUCAUUCCAACCAAAACCAAUGAGCUACCGCCUGAUGAGAAAUGCACCUGGUGGAUUCCUUCUGCUGUUAAAGUUCUAGCACUUUUGAAUGCCUCUAACUGGCUGUUCACUCCUCCUGUUGUCAACCACAGUUUUUUCUACAAUCACUCACUAGAUCAUAUUGAUCUGAUGGCUGAGUAUUAUUCGUGGCAGAAUCCCACAGCUAAUCCUGGAAAAUUCUCCUUCUGCCAGUACCCUUUCAUUCUUAGCCUGGCAGCCAAACGUUAUAUUAUGCAGAAGGACUCAGAGUCACAAAUGCUUGUCAUGGCAAGGAAAAGUCUUGUGGCCAAAGUUCAGAGAAGAGAAAUGCCAGACAUGGGAAUGCUGUUCCUCAACAUCAAAGUUCGUCGCUCGAACUUGAUUUCUGAUUCGCUGAAUGAGAUUUCCAGGAAGCAAAGAGACUUGAAAAAGAAACUAAAAGUCACAUUUGCAGGAGAGCCAGGGCUGGAUAUGGGUGGGCUAACAAAAGAGUGGUUCCUUCUGCUCAUUAGAAGAAUCUUCAGACCAGAAUAUGGUAUGUUUACUUAUAAUGAAAAGUCAAGAACCUACUGGUUUAGUAAAACAUGUGUGGACAAUGAUUCUGAAUUCAACUUGGUCGGUGUUCUGAUGGGAUUAGCGGUGUAUAACAGCAUUAUUCUGGACAUAAGAUUUCCUCCUUGUUGUUACAAGAAGCUGCUGAGUCCAGCUGUAGUUCCGUUUCACAAUCCUAACGCCACAGUUGGUAUCGCUUCAUUAGGACUUCAGGAUCUUAUGGAAACAAUGCCAGAUCUUGGUCGAGGCUUGAAGGAACUUCUGGAAUAUGAAGGUGACGUGGAAGAAGAUCUUUGUCAAACAUUCCAGAUUUCUUACACUAUAUUUGGUGAAGUUAUCACCCAUAACCUCAAGCCAAAAGGUGACAAAAUCCCCGUUACUAAAGAAAACAGACAAGAAUACGUGAAUCUUUACGUGGAUUAUCUGUUAAACAAGUCCAUCUACCAACAGUUUGCCUCCUUCUAUCAUGGUUUCCACAGUGUCUGUGCUUCAAACGCCCUCAUUAUGUUACGUUCAGAGGAAGUGGAGAUGUUAGUCUGUGGAAACCCUGAACUUGACAUGGAUGCUCUAAGAAAAGUAACUGUCUAUGAUGGCUACACCAAGAAUGAUUCCGUCGUUAGGUAUUUCUGGGACGUAGUUCUGUCCUUUUCUUUGGAGCUGAAGAAAAAACUGCUGCUAUUUGCAACCGGAAGUGACCGUGUACCGAUCGGUGGGAUGGGCGAAAUGGAAUUCAAGAUAAUCCGUAUGGAAGUAGCCCACAGCACCAGCAUGUUGCCAAUGUCUCACACCUGCUUCAACCAGCUUAUUCUUCCUCCAUAUAAGAACCGAAAGAUCCUGAAGCAAAAACUCACUAUUGCUAUUUCUAAUGCAGAGGGCUUCGGAAUCGAGUAGUGAUCACAAUGGAAGGACUUUGUGAACGUCUCAUUCUUCGCUUACCAUCAGUAGUUAUCCAAUCCCGCAAAGCCGGACUUGGGCGGGAACAGCUCACGAGACACACAGCGAUCUUGUCACCCUUAUAGGAAUGCAUGGACAUUUUAACAGUGUAAAACGUGUCAGAAGAAUAUUCUUUUUCUAAUUCCAACUUCAAUCAGCGGGACUAAUCUUAAUGUAACACACUAAGAGUUAUGUAUUGAUUUGUUUACUUUAUUUCAAAAUUUCCGAUUGCUCUGAUAUUUCCCUUCUUAAAAAAGGAGGACCCAACCGUUUGGUUUGACUGACAAUUUCAUGCUUUUGCUGUGAUCGGUAAGGAAGGAAACGUUUUCAAUGAAUUGGUUUUAGUGGAUCAUCGCGCAACAUCAGAGUCGAUUAAAACAUCAGUAUUUGACGAUUCUAUAAUCGAAAAUCGCCGGUUCAAGUGUACAGUCUCGGCCAAAAUAGUGAUCUGACCUCAUUUGCAGAGUUGUGGCGUCUUCCAAAGGUUGUGAUAUUUGGUAAUUGUUUUGCAUUGACUUCUUCAAACGCGUUAAUGAUUAAUUUUUCCUAAGACUUAAUUGUUAAGUAAUUUGUUUUUAAAAGUGUACAGGUAUGACAGUUGUAAACAGUGUAUAUACCUAGUCUUCAUAUUGAGAUAACGUUUUAUCAAAAGGACGAUUUGUUUCAAUGAGUGAAUAGAUGUUUUGAAUAGUACUUUCUGUUGACAAGGGCUCUUGGUAUUCUGGUCACUUUCUUUUAGGAAGUGAAGUAAAACAUUUCAAGCGUAUUUGAUCCUAAAUCAUUUCCCGAAAAUUCAUUUGGAAAGGAAACAAUAAAGAGUGCUUGCUUGUUAAA